UAGUUCGCAAGUAGCCGAAGACUCUGUAGCGGACUGUGAAACUGGGGUUUCCUGCUGGUGUUGGUGAAGCAAACUACAAUUGUGUGCGAUUAUGAUACAGGCUAGGGUGGAAGGAGCGCGCAAGGCAUCAAAGGUCCAAGGUAGCCCAAAUGAGACAACGAGAAAUUGAAAUUUCAGUCCGUUUCAACAAUUCCUGUCGGUUCGCACGAAAUCCGCGCUCGGCUCGGCUCCGCGAAGUGCUGUUGUGAAAAUUUUGUGAUUAAAAUGAAUAUGCAGAUCCACUAGGCGACUCCCAUCACACCCCGGAAUAGGAUUACUGUGAAUCUAGAUCUAGAUCUAGUCGAUAAUAAAAGUGUUGUGAAGGGAUUCACUGAUCUAAUGGAGUAUUGAUCCAACAUCCUUGGAGCGAGAAUGAAAAAAAGUGCAAUUCUAGUGAAACUGUGAAGAAGCAAUGGGAAAGCGGUUCACCUCAAACCAUCGGCAGUGUUCCUAGAAAGGAUUGAUCGCCCUCGUCGACUGCGACACAGUUGAAGGAAUAGAGGAAGAGUGCUAGUGAGACUUAUCCAGUCCGAAGGAUAUUCGAUUACUUUGUGCCAUACCGAGCUAUACCGUACUCUGCGGAUUCCGGGUACUGAUUGAUUUGUUUUCUUCUGAAUUAAUCCGGUUGUGUUUUUGUGUGUCUUUAUGUGUUACCUAAUUUGCCAUAUGAGUUUAUUGUUUACCGUCUUUGAAAAUGGAAAGACAGAGAGGUGCUAGGUUUUACACGAAAAGAACGGAGCAUUACAAUAAUCUACAGAAGCAAGAAGAAGAGAAGCUUAACAUCAACAACAAUAACAACAUUCGUCAGUCUGUUCAUCAACCGCUGCAGCAAACCUCUCCUCAUCAACAGCAGCAGCAUCUUCAGCAGGCUCAGCAUCCUUUGAAGGAUAACUCCAACAUCCGCCAGAAGCAAUCCAACGUUGUUAAGCUCGACCUUUUGCGUAACCAGCAACCGGAAGCCCAGCAAGGCGGUUCAAGACCCAUCAAAACCGGAGCCCAGUCCCCGGCAGCUGCAUCUACAGCUCCUACUCAGCUGUCGCCUCACACUACAACCGGAGGAAGUCCUUCCACGGUUUCCCAUCUACGUUCGAUUAGACCGUUUCCAGCCUCGGCCAACGCGUCCACCGCAUCAACAGCCACUACCAACACCACUGCCACUGGUCCUUCCGGCGCUGUCGCUGGUGAUAGAUCACUCAAGUGCCUGGAAACCCUCGCCCAGAAGGCCGGCAUUACUUUCGACGAGAAGUACGACCUUCCGGCCCCGACCCUGGAGAAGUCACAGAGUCCGGCGCAGGUGGCACAGCAAACGUCGGUGCCCCUGCAGCUGUCCCAGGAGCAGCUUCAACAAUUCCAACAGUUCCAGCAGUUUCAGCAGGCCUUCAACGGUGCUACCAUCCAGGUCAAGCAGGAAUACAAUCCUCCCCAACCCCAGCAGACGAAUGCUACCGGUGGCCUGGAGCAGCAGCAACAACAGCAACAGGCAAUGGCUGCUGGUCAACAACUGUCCGCCUCCGAUUGGCAGCACGGGCGCGUCCAAGUGCUCCAACAACCCAUCCAAAACCAGUACCUCCAACAGCUGUACGGUUCCCAGCAGCUCCUCCUACAUCCGGGCAUUGGCGGACAGCAACAGAUCCAGCUGAUCGCGGCUCCCAAACCUUUCCAGGGCACCUCGCAGAUGCUGACGACCGCAUCUGGGAAACAGGUCAUAGGUACCGGAGCGGGUAACUUCAGUGGGGCCUACGCACUGCCGACCAUUCCUUCGAGCCAGUCGCAGACGCUGCUGUUUAGUCCGGACGUUCAAAAACAGCUCACGGUAGCCGCAGCGGCUGCAGCUGCCGGUGCAGGAGGACAAAAGGUUCAGUUGCAAAAAAUCGGCACCAGUAUCUCGGCCGCAGGUCAGCAGCAGAGUGUAACCACCCUAACCCAACAGCAAGCCGCAGCUGCCGGUCAACAAUGCGUCCAAGUUUCGCAGACGGCCAUGCCAGCGACCCAACUGCUGAGUCCUCUUCAGCAGCAGGGAGCCCAGCAGAUGCAGUUCACCGCUCCAUGGAUUCAGGGAAUGGGUCAGUUCUGGACAGCCAACAACUUGCAGCCGCAAAUCUUGGGAAACCCGAUCAUUUUCCGAGGAACGGCACCCGAUGGAAGCAGCAACAUGUUCAUCCAGCAGAGCCCACAGCAAGCCAUUCAGCAAGCUCCCACCCAAACUCAUAAUCAAACUCUAACACUGCCGUGCACCAUUGCACAACAACCACAACAAGCUCAGCAGCAACAACAGCAGCAGCAACAAGCAGCCAAUCAACAGCAGCAACAGCAAAACCAACAGCAACAGCAAGCACAAGCCACUCAACAGCAGCAGCAACAACAACAGCAAGCUGCUGCCCAGCAGCAAGCCACCGUGGUCAACCAAUCGCCGAAUGCCGCUCAAACGGCGAUUCAGCAACAGCAGCAGAAGAACGCCGGCCAUCUGGCACCGAAGCAAGCCCAGCGACCGCAACUUCUACCACAAGGAGCUUCCCCGAUACGGCCAUCGGCGUCCACGCAAACCGUGCAAGCACAGCAGAACCUCCUAGCCAAGGGCGGCAAGAUGCGCACCAAGCAGCAACCGGUGCGCCCGUCCGGUCCGGUCCAGAUCAAAACGGCCGAAAUCACCACGGCUCAGGCGAAGAUCGGCCAACCGCAGCAGAUGCAGCAAGUGGUUACCACCGGCGGAAAAAUGGUGCUCAUGAAUACGACUGGACAAAUCAACCAAUCGCCCGUACUCAACAUCCAGUCCAUGAUGCCGGCCGACAAGCAGCAACAGUUGCAACUGCAACAGCAGAUCAAAACGGCUCAGCAGCAGCAACAACAACAGCAACAGUUGCUGCAACAGCAGGCAAUCCAACAAUUCCAACAGCAACAAGCUCUACAACAGCAGCAACAACAACAACAGCAACAAUCUCAACAGCAACAUCAGCAAACGCAGCAACAACAAAUCCAGCAAUUGCAGCAGCAGUUCCUCCAACAGUCCAACCAGCAAUCGCAAGCCAACCAACUUGUUUCUGGCACCACUCAACCUCAACCAGGCCAGCUGGUACAAACGGCCUCCGGAACCCAACCUGGCAACAUCCUGCAGCAGUUCGUCUUUCAACAACAGGGACAACCCAAUCAAUCCGGCAUUUCCAUGAUCAACGUAACUUCCACCGACUCGAUGCUUCAUCACCAGCAACAGCAACAACAACAGCAGCAUCAACAACAACAGCAACAACAUGCCCAAGCUAUAUCUCAAAAGGGCACCACCCAGAUGAUCAUCACCAACCAGCUCCCGCAAGCAGCGGACCGCACAAGCGCAGCCCAAUCCCAGACCCUCCAGAUCGAGCGCACCAUCCUCCCCGUCGUCUCCAUAGCCGGUAUGACAACCGCUCCCAUAGUGGUUUCCAGUAACGGUACAACCAUAUCUCCCAUCCACCAUCCAGGUCAAACCGGCCAACCCGGUCCCAACGCUCACAACCAACUCCCAACCGGCACUCAGCAACCCUCCCAGAUCCUCGUCUCCACCAUCCCGACAUCCGUCCAGCAACACAACGCCCAGAACCCGAUCGUAGCCAUGACAUCCCUGUCGGCCACUCCGCUCGGCAUGAUGGCCGCCAGCUCUGUCACGGCUACCCCCGUUUCGUCCACUUCGGUAACAACGACGGCGGCCGGAAUCAACCAACCGCCGGUGGUUUCCGCCUCCAUUACAACCACAACAUCGAAGGAAAGUGCCGAGAAGGCGGCCAGCGUCGCCAUGCUGCAGCUCCAGACACUGUCCACCCCGCAGAAGCAGAUCCAAAACCUGCAGAUGCUGGAGAGUAUGAACGCUGCCAAUGCAGCGGCCGCUGCGGCGGCUGCUGCCGCAGCUGCUUCCGGGGGCCCAAUGGCCGUCGGAUCUCCGAGUUCGAUGGCUAGUGUCGCCGCCGGUGCCGGAGCGACAACGUUGACAGUGACCAUGCAGAAAGCGCCGAUGACACCGACCCAAUCGACAACCGGUGUCGCCAAUCUGUCCGGUAUGGGGACUCCUGGGUCCGGGGAGCAGAUGAACAGAUCGUUGGGGCAUCAUACGCCAACGAAAGCCGUGGGAAGUUCGGUUAGUGCGGACACCACUGCCAAGGAUAAGAGCGCGAUGGAAUCCGGUGCGAAAGAUUCGGUUCAAAACACAGCUGCCGCUGCGGAUAGCGCAUCCGAUGCGCAAUUAAACGGUCCGACGCCGAUGGACACCUCGUCGCCUGCACCACUAACGGCGACGACGACGACAACUACAUCGACCGCGGCGACUCCGACACAGACCGCCCCAGCAUCCCACCCAUCGUCUGUAUCCAACACGCCAGCGACGGCAGCAGCAGCCGCAGCAGCAGCAACAACAACAGCAUCAGCAUCAGCCGGGCAACCAGCUGUCGCCUCGUCAGACGAGCCGGCAGGUGCAGUUAGUACGACCACCACCGCGCCGCAAACGACGACCACUACCAGCGCUUCUUCGUUCACCACAACGACGACCAGUUCGCACGCGGCGUCCACUACCACAACCGCUGCCGCCGCCGCCGCAACCGCAGCAGCAACCACCGUAGCCCCAGUGACGACGGCUACCUUUGGCGCGCCGACUCCAGUCGCCGUCAGUGCUAAUGGAUUACACUCGGCAUCGGCAGCACCUGCAACCCCAACCGCCAAUACCACCGCAACGGUGGCCGGUAAUCCGACGACAAACCCCCAGCAGCCGCCCACGACGACCACAGCCACCACCGGUGGCAACCCUGGAACCGGGUUGCCACCACCCCAGAGUAAAACUGGAACCACGGAUAAGGGUGGCCUGCCGAAGGCGAUGAUCAAACCGAACGUACUGACGCACGUCAUUGAGGGAUUCGUGAUACUGGAGGCGAACGAACCGUUCCCGAACCACUGGCAACGCGGCCCCGAGUGGGACUCCAGCGACGAACCACCGAAAAAACGUGCCAUCACCGAUUCCAGCUCGCCCAUCUCGCCGAGCAACGGCCAACCCCAGUCUCAGAUCCCAUCCUCGCAACCGACGGCGCACCCCAUCCCGGCCGGUGUCGAAAUGGGCAACUGCGAAAUUUGCGGCAAACCGGAACACCGCAGCAAGAUGAAGCGCAAGCGGUUCUGCAGCGUCGAUUGCGCCCGGGCAGCCAAACAAAACUCCACCGACCAGGUCACGUCGCCGUCGCACAAUGGAGCUGGGCACGAAGCGACGCAUCAUCCCACCAGCACCGGCAGCAAUGGGCUUGACCAUCCGUCGGUCACGACCACCGUCAAUCCGGUGGCACCGUCCAACAUCAAGCUGGAACGGAUGGACUCGAUGGAUCAGCCCUCGUCGCAUCACGGUGCUUCCCAGUUUGCCGCUGCCACGCCGAUGGACACGGGAGCAGCCACUAUUCCGGUGGUUCCCGCCGCCGUCGUCCCAAGCGCCGAAGAUAGUCCGGUCAUUGUCAAGUGGUCCGUGCAGGAGGUGUGCGACUUCAUCAAGAACCUUCCCGGGUGCAGCGACUACGCCGAGGAUUUCGCAAUCCACGAAAUCGACGGACAGGCGCUUCUACUGCUGAAGGAGAACCAUCUGGUCAAUACCAUGGGCAUGAAGCUGGGGCCGGCGCUGAAGAUCGUGGCCAAAAUUCACUCUAUGAUUGCGAGCGUUACGGCAGAAGGUCAACAGCAACAAUAAUCCUGGGGAAGUUAAACUUAAGAAAUAAGAUUAAGAACCCACCCUCAUUGAGGGGCGCUUCUUCAAUUUUCAAGCUAUUCUAACACCAUGGCCUGAGGCGACUAAAUCCUUCAGCCAGGAGGUUAGCAAUUCGUUGUUCUACAACGGAUUUUUCUUUAUUUAGUUUUAUUCAUCCUCAACUGUAUAUGUGUCUUUGUAAAUAGUCAUUCGUUGUUUAAAAUUUAGACUACUGAUCUGUUUAAUUCCCAAUACGACAAGAGGAGGUAUUACUACAACUGAAACCAUUUAUUAGACGUCCUAUCAGAACCGCACUACGCCGGUUACUAAAUUAAUUUAUUUUACAAUAAUUUAGAAAAAUCUCAUUUCUAGCUUGUAAGUUUAUGUUCGUAUACAAUAUGAAAGCUUUUUAUACGAUUAUCUAGAGUAAAACAAAAUGUACAUACCAAGAUUCCUCUACUUUCCUAUAUUAGUUUGACAAGUAGUAUCGCACUUAGAGUAAAAAUCAAAACACUGUUUCCUUACACUAAAUGCAAACGAAAGAUUAAACAAAAAAGAAAUCUAAAUUCAAUGAAAUAACUUAACUGCAAGACUUUUGCCAAAUUUUUGAUAAUAAAUAAUGGUAUGAACGAAACAUGCUUAGACGAGGCAAUCCCAAUGUAAAAAUAAAAAACUUAACAAGGAAUUUAAUUACUAGAAUUAUGAAUUACUGAUUCUACUGUAAUUAGCAACAAAACGAGAAAAUAAAAAUUUUAAAAUUA